ACGGACGGACUCGCGGGCUACUGUAAAAAACAAGAGCAACGUAGUAUCACCCACGAUCAUCAUGAGAGGCUUCCUCGCAGUUUUGAUACUGCUGGUGGCUGGAUGUUCGUGCCAACCGGGACUCAGACAGCAACAGCAGCUUGGAGCUGGACAGUUUCGAGGGCAGUUUGCACGUGGCGGAGGCGCGCUUCUGCAAACCAACACGGGACCAUUUACGCAGCAGGGAGGACAGUUUGUACAGCCUGGUGGUCAACUUCAACAAGAUAGAAGACAAUUUGUGCAGCCUGGGACACAAUUUCAACAACCUGGAGGAGGGUUCCGAGGACAGUUGCUACAAAAUGUAGGACAGCCACAGCCGAGAGCUGGACAAUUUGGCCAGGCACCGCAGGGCAGAGGAGGAGGCAUUAACCAAUUUGUAAGAGGGCAAGCACAGACUUUGCCCCAACAACUGCUCCCGCGUAACACUCGAAUUCAAUUCGGCGCUAGGCAGCAAAAUAUAGACGAAUUUUCAGCUGGUCAAGCGCAAAGAAUUCCGCAAGGUCUAAUACCAAGGCAAACGCAGCCUCAACUGGGUCAGCAGAGAGCCCUCACCGACCAAUUUGUUCAGAAUCAAGCACAAAGGUUGCCCGAGGUUCUCUUACCACGGAACAAUAGGCAACGAUUUGGCCAGCUGCAGCAGAAUACCGCCCAAUUUGUUGGUGGACAGGCGCAGCAAAUUCCACAAACGUUGCUUCCUUCAGACCAAUCACCACAGUUUGGACUUGGCCCUGGCCGUGGUGGUGGUAACACUGGUAACAACAAUGGACAAUCCCAGCAAGGAUUUUUCAAUAUUCCAAAUUUCUUCCUCCAGUCUCUCAAUACUGCACAGAUACCUGGCUCGGGUGCGCGGGAGCAACAGGCACGGGAGCAGCAGCGGCCACUUCCGCAAAUCCGGCAAGGUGCCACUCCUCUGAGACUCAGACAAGAACAAGAUGGUCAAAAUAGACAAUUUCUGCAGCAACCGAUUCAAGGCCAGCAAACAAAUUCCGGCUUUCGGUUUGCAAAUCAAUUCCCACCGCCAGGCAACGGCGGCCAGUUUGGACCACCACAAGGCGCACAACAGUUCCAGCCUAGGCAGGGACCGCGUGGGCAACAGCCUGGCUUUUUCCAACCCCCUCCUGAUCAAGGCCAACAGCGAAAUCAAAGAUUCCAGUUUGGCAAUCAAUUCUCCGGCCCUCCAAACAACAAUGACCAAUUUGGACCUCAAGGCCCGCAACUGUUUUUAGCAAGACAAGGACCGUCAGGUCCAACUCCUGAUAUCCCAUUGCCUACACUUCAACGACUUCCUGGUCCAAUGACACAACAGUCUCUAACUCCCGAGCAGCAACUCGUGUCAGGGUUUAGCUCCGGCAUAGCUGAUGGCGUAGAUACCUUCUUUGGCGGCGAAUUCCUUGGUGUUGACACCACCUUUGACUUUGCUGGAGAGAGGAAGAGAAUUGAGGCUUUACUACCCAAUCAGACUCAGGGAGGGCCUAAUGGACAACCAGGACCUGGUGGCCCAGGAGCACCAGGUGGUGGCGGCCCUGGCGGACCACCAGGUGGUGGCGGUUCGCCAACGAACACACAGGAAUUUGAUCAAGAUUCCAUCCCCGAUGAAAUUCUCGAUAAGAUUCCUCAACGAUUCUCUAUACCGAUACGGGCGAGACAGAGAAGACUGAGAGAACAACGAGCACGAGGAGAAGACCCAAAUCGCCAGCGGCAGCCACAACCACAACCACAACCGCAACCACAACCACGCCCACUGCCACAACCUCAGCCACGACCACCAACUCAGCCAGUGCAACCCCCGCCUAGGCCACUGCCACAACCUCAGCCACGACCACAGACUCAGCCAGUACAACAGCAGCGAGUUUUUAUUCCAACACAACUGACGGGUGGGCCAUCUGGUCAAGGGCAGCAAAACGUAGUUUUCAUAAGAUCACAAGGACAGCCACAGACCCAGCCAACGCGUCAGCCUCCCCCUGAUUUAACUCAACGCGUGAUUCUUCUUCCAAGCGGUCAACAGCAAGAUACGCAGCAGCAAAAUCAGCAGAGAGUCCUAUUCCUCCCACAGCGUCAACAACCAAUACAACAAGGACAGCGGGUUUUUGUUAUUCCUAAUCCACAAGACGGACAGCAACAACAACAGUUUGUGCUCCCGCCUCUGCAGCAGCAGCAGCAGCAGCAGCAGCAGCAGCAGCAGCAGCAGCAGCAGCAACAACAACAACAACAACAGUCACGAGUGCAAACUCAGCCGACCCAGCAGCGCGUGUUCUUUGUCUCCCAACAACGCCAACCACCGCAACCACAGCCGCAACCACAACCACAACCACAGCCGCAACCAUUACCACAGCCGCAACCAUUACCAUUUCGACGCCCGCAACCACAGCCAUCCCCACAAAUACUUGCUACCCAGCAGCAACGUUUUGGAGAUAGGCCAUUUAAACAGAACUAAGGCCGCUAAUCCGCAAGUCUGGUGCGCUAGGAUGACGUCAGUGUACAUAUUGCUUGUCCAGGUGACCAAUCCAGCGCAAAAUCUGCAAAGUUCCUUCCGGCUUUCGUUCUUUCUCAUUAAUAAUUGUAUACGAGAGGAGUACAUCCUAAAUAAGAAAAUGACUGGCUUAGCCUUUAUCAACCAGCUUAGUGUCUCCAUAGCACGCGUGCAUAUUUGGUGUAUACAUUUCAAAAUGAAAUAUAUGUUUAUAUAUAUAUGUGUGUAUGCGUGUUAUCGGUUAUUUUUCGCUGUAUCUGCUGAUCUGGAUGUAGUAGGGAUAGUCAUGCUGUUGUGUCCGCGUGCAAUUUGACUAAAAUAAAAACGUGUAAAUAACAAUA